CAACCUUCGUGAGAGCCGUGUGUGUGCCGUGCCGUGCAGCUGUGCCCGUGCCGUGCCCGUGCGUCGUGUGACUGCGAGUUGACUGAGAGAAAAAAAAAGGGAAUUACCGCUGGCGGUGUUUUCGGAAAAUCGAUCGCCACACUCGGGGAGCGAGGACCGAAUUCGUGGCGCUGUCGCUCGUUCGAAAGUUCAGCGCGCAGCUCGCGACGACGCGCCUAAUCAGACCUUUACCUUGGAACCUCGUUACUGUACGCCAGUUAAAUUACAGGCGUCUCGCUGGUGAGAUCGGGAAGACACACUGCGCGUUCAAGGUUUUCCCCCUGACGAGACGAGAGGACUCUCACGGACCGCGAAAGCGCGAUAAAUCGACGCGCGGGCGCGAUUUCAAAACUCUCCCCUUCGCGCGGAGGGAGAGAGAAGCGCGCAGUCGAGCGGUGGAUCGGCGCGAUCGAUGCCCCGCCGCCGGUCCAGUGAGAGACCGACGAUUUUAAACACAUGCGCGGUCGUUUGAGUAAACAUUAGAAGACGAGACAGAGUUGACCGUUGGCAGAGACACAAGGGAACCAUUAUUGCGACAGUCCGCGGGCACACGUUGUGUGUGGUCUGUGCGCGUGAUUAAAACGUGAUAUUUGCGCGCCGCGAAGUUCUUCUUCCACGAGGCGAGGAUCGUCCUUUCUUUUUCGGGAAGUCGUUUCGGCUAAUUUCCUGCCCGGUUCCGGAAGAUACCGGAAGUGCAUAUUGACUGUUGAGCAGCGAGGAAGAACGAUGUGUCUGGUGACUCCUCCGUGAAAGGAUCCGAUCUCAUUUAAUAACUCAAUUGCAACAAUGUCACAGCUCGUCUCGCUUCGUCUGAAGAUGCCUUUCACGUUGUAAAGUGACUCUCGUCGAAAGAAGCUGUACACUUACGAUGGGCAAGCUUUUGAGUCUUUUGGCUCGAGAUGAGUCUACCUGUUGCACCCCUCAGAAGUACGAUGUCUUCUUGGAUUUCGAAAAUGCACAACCGUCGGACAUCGAACGCGAGACGUUCGAGGCGGUGCAGAGAGUGCUGAAAAAUUCGGAGUCGAUUUUGGAGGAGAUACAGUGCUACAAAGGAGCUGGAAAAGAGAUCAGAGAAGCGAUUUCGGCACCCACGGAGGAAUGUCAGCGAAAGGCAUACCUGACCGUGGCACCUCUCGUCGCGAAACUCAAACGAUUCUACGAGUUUUCCUUGGAACUCGAAAGGGUCGUACCGAAAAUUCUGGGACAAUUGUGCUCGGGAAACCUUUCGCCGACGCAACAUCUGGAGACGCAGCAGGCGCUGGUCAAGCAAUUGGCGGAGAUACUGGAGUUUGUAUUGAAGUUCGACGAGCAUAAGAUGAAAACGCCGGCGAUUCAGAACGACUUCAGCUACUACCGUAGGACAUUGACGAGGGCAUCGCUGGCGCGCCAGGACAACGCCGAGAAGGACUUGGUCGUCGGCAACGAACUUGCCAACCGAAUGUCCUUGUUCUACGCCCACGCGACACCCAUGCUUCGAGUUCUGAGUCACGCGACCAUUACUUUCUUGAUAGACAACGAAGAUAUAGCCAGGGAAAACAUUACGGAAACGCUUGGUACAAUGGCAAAAGUGUGUCUUCGAAUGUUGGAAAAUCCGAAUCUUCUGGCGCAAUUCCAACGGGAGGAGACCCAGCUCUUUGUCUUAAGGGUUAUGGUAGGUCUGGUGAUCCUCUAUGAUCAUGUACAUCCCCAAGGUGCCUUUGUAAAGGGUUCAAAUGUGGAUGUCAAAGGCUGUGUGAAGCUAUUAAAGGACCAGCCGCCUUGUAAGAGCGAGGGCCUUCUGAACGCCCUCCGCUACACCACGAAGCACUUGAACGAGGAGAACACGCCGAAGAACAUAAAGAACCUGCUCGCCGCAUGAUUACCGAAGCAACGCGGUUGCUGCAUCAGGAGCUGAGACCGCCGGCCGCACUUCCUCCCGCCAGACACUUCUCGAGCCGGUGUCGAGUUUUCGUUUACGACGAAAACCGCUCUUCGUACGAGCUCCGCGCGCGUUUAGAAUCCGAGAUUCUUUUGUUCGCGCGCAAAGUGCGACCCGCGCGUCAGGCAUCCUUCUUGCACACGUCCGGCGAACGGUGGACCACAUAUGGCGUGUCCUCGGUAAGCUCCAAACGUCGAAAGCUGCCCGAAAACUGCCGAGACACUUCCUGAAGUCUUCGAAAAACGCAACACACAGUCGUUAUAAGCGACGCGGUUUUGUGACGAUCGACCUCGGCAGAGGUCGUUGCGCGUUUUUUUUUUAUUUUCCUACGAUCGUCUGGGAGUAACGAACGCGUGCGAUUGUUACUAUCAUCGCUGACAUUACUAUUAACACCGCGAAGCGGUUAUUGUCGGCGGAGGCAAAUCUUCCGCUAUUUAUUCGUCAUUUCGUUCAAACGACAUUCAUUGGCAUAAAUGUUUCUCCCGAUAGCGCGAAAAUCCCGCGGGUUCUCUCUCACUUCGCAGAAUCAUUCAACGACACACAAGGAAAGUUAGAUAUAGAUGCUACAAUAGAUUUUUAUGAUAACGCUAAAGAUUGUUCCCCCCCCCCCACCCCCCCGUAGCGACAUGUAUCCCUUGGUGCAGCGUUUUCCAAACCAUGCAAAGUCGUCUAUCGACUCCACCAUGAUUUCCGGCCGGACGGGAUGAAAAGUUAAUUAGAGCAUAUCAUAUAUAGUGUAUUUAAGGUGAACGUGGAUUGUGGAGGUGUUACGGAGAGAGCUUUAAUCACGUUAUGGAAUAUUAUGGAGAUUUUUAGCUCUUGUUUUCUUUGUUGAAUGGCGGGCGAGAGGGUGGGUUGUGAGACUGUGAAUCGCAGAGUCGAAUACUGCCGGAUCACCGUGUAUAAUCGAUAAACUCAUUUCUUUUCGGUAACCUAAUAUUCAGAAGGUAUCAAGUACUAUUGCACGUGAUCUGGAUUGAUCUGAAAGUCACUUUGUAAUCUUUUCACGUACGCUCGAUUAAAGAUCGAAAUGGAAAGAAGAUUUUUUUAAAAUUGAAAGAAACCAAAGAUGCUUUUUAGUGUAUAGUAAAGCUACGAGAAUGCGUCAGAGAUGUGAUUUAUUAAUUAUUAUUAUACAUUAUGAUUGUAUCAUUAUUAUUAAUAUUAUCAUUAUAAAUGAUACGGAAUUUCUAUUUAUAGUAACUGGCGAACUCAACUUGCGACCGCGAUGUAUCUCAGCGGUAUUACGUCAUUGUUUGUAUAUUAAUGCAGGAACAUCCGCCUAUGUGCAAACGCAAUAGUCGUUGCACGAAAAUUUGUAAUAAUUUGUCCUUCCAACAUCGACGCAACUCUUUUGAAUGCAAAACCGAUUUAAGUUGCAGCGUUUGUUGCAUUAUGAAUUUUGCCACGGUCUUUUUUAAUAUUUUCAAUUGACUAUUUAUAAAUUGUCAAAUAAUUUUAUUAUAUAAAUUCUGGAAUAUUAUGUUUUUGGCUUACUUGACCAAUUUUUCGAAAAGUUUUCUAUACAAUUUUUGAAAAUUUUGUGGGAUUUUUGCGAAUAGAUAGAUACCGGAUACUAAUAAAACGAUCCUCAAAUAUUGCAACUCUUUCUAUUAACUUAUCAUAAAAAAAAGAUUUGUAAUACACAUUUAGAACCGUUUUUACAUACAUGUGACGAACUAUCAGGAACAAAAAACUUACAGGAGUUUUCGAACCGACAUUAGCACAAAACAUCUUCUUGCGCGUUUUAGAGAUUAAUACCUUAAAGACUGCUUGCCGACCAUAAUCCUUGUGUGAAAGUACACGUAACCGGAGAUUACACGUUUACGUAAGAAUUCACCGUGAAACGUUUAUUAGUAGCGAAACCUCAGACACUUAAGUAGGUACUGUAUAUACAGAUUGUUACAACGUAUUAUCAACACAUCCGCAGGUAUUACUGUUACAUUGGCACUCGACGAGUGCCCCGACUUAUUGCCUUGACUAAUUUGUAAGGGAAGAAACAAAAAAAAAAAGAACGAACACGAGAGACACAGUAUUUAGUUACUUUUACGUGCCGUUCAUUGUACGCUUCAUUUUGUAACGUUACUGUCAAUGUCAAUUAACACGACAAAAUAUUAUUAUCGCACGUAUUACACGCGCGCACGCGUGCGCAAAUUGUACUUGAAUUAAAUUAAAACUCCCCUGAAAUUCAUAAAGCCAGCAA